AUGGAAAACAGAACAGUACAUGUUACUGGUUUUCCUUCUUCGGUUAAUAAAGUGAAAUUAAAAUUGUUUGUUGAAAACAACAUAGGACCUAAUAUAAUAGAAGAUGUAGAGAAAAGAGCAGAUGCUGCGGUGUUCAUAUUUAAACAUCCUCGUGGUUUGCAAAAAUUUCUUAAUGCUGGUCUAAAUGAAUAUACCUUUGGAAAUGAUAGUUACAAGCUUACAGUAAUACAGCAACUUACAGAACAAUAUCCAAGAUAUGACACAGGACCCAGACAUCAACAAAGGAAUCAAAGAUACGGUCCAAGAAAUGAGGGUUUUAGAAAUGAAAGACCUAACCAACCAUAUCGACAGAAUCCAGGCUUUGAAAGAGGUAAUGCAAGAUAUGGAGCAAGAGACGAUGGUUAUGUAUACGCAAGAACUAAUCAACCGUAUCGACAGAAUCCAGGAUUCCAAAGAGGUGAUCCAAGAUAUGGAGCAAGGGACAAUAAUUAUGGAAACGAAAGAACUAAUCAACCAUAUCGACAGAAUCCAGGAUUUGGAGGCAGGGACAAUAAUUAUGGAAACGAGAGAACCGAUAAACCAUAUCGACAGAAUCCCGGAUUUGGAGGCAGGGACAAUAAUUAUGGAAACGAUAGAACCGAUCAACCAUAUCGACAGAAUCCAGGAUUUGGAGGCAGGGACAAUAAAUAUGGAAACGAAAGAACCGAUCAACCGCAUAGACAGAAUCCAAGAUUUGACAGAGGCGAUGCAGAUCAAUGGAGGAGAAUUUUAUAUGUCACUCAGAUACCACAGCAUUUGUGCAAUCAUCUAGCUUUCAGUUCACAUUUCGAAAGGUUUGGACCUCUCGAACAUUGCUUGUUCAAACCAAACAGGAGGAAUCCUGGAUUUCAUGGAUAUGUAACAUUUAGAAAUCAUAAUGAUGCUUGCCGAGCAAGGCAUGAAGGAGUAAAUGCUGGACCAAUGAGUAAUCUGAGUAUACAAUGGGCUGAUAGUGAAGGUCCCAAACCUACCCCAAACUUUAAUGAACCUGGUCCUGGGCCUCGACGCUCAUCAGCCACUUCUGAUGAUAGCGGUUACUCAACACCAGGCAAUCGUGGUCGAAGAAAAAGAAGGCCGAAUGCUAACUCUGCUGGAAUAUCAAGAAUGGGCAAAGCACCAUCUAUGCCAGACUUACGCCCUCCAACACCAAGUAGACCUUUGAAUGAAGGCCCUCAACACGCUGUACUUGAUCCGAUUCAAGAAGAACUUUUCACUGAAACUCAUUACUGGAAUACAUUAAAGAAGAUGCCUGAAACUGAAGGAUCUAUAUGUGUUCUUGCUCAAAACAUUGAUCCAUCAAAGCACAUUGAUACAGUGAAAAUGCAUUUUGAAAAUAAGAAACGUUCGAACGGCGGGCCUGUGAAAAGUGUUAUCAGAAUGAUUGAUGGAUUGCUCAUUGUAUUUGAGAGUAAAGAAGAUUGUGAGUCAUGUUCAGGAAAACAAGAUCAAAAGUUUGAUGGAAAAGACAUCUCUAUAUUUCCUAAAUCAAUUCCUUCAUAUUUUGAGCAAACCUUUAUCAUUGAGGGAGUUGGAGAAGCAACAACACAAGAUACUUUGACAAUGUACCUUGAAACUAGCUCUACUAAUGAAGCGUCGCCUGUAUCUUUGAAAAAACAAGAUAUACAGGGCGUUUAUCUCGUAGAAUAUGGAGAUGAUUUUGAUAUCAGUGAAAGAGAUUCAUUUUUGGAAAAAAUUAGGAAGAAAACUUUGGAAGACCGGACUUUGAAAGCUUCAAGGCUUUUAAGAACUGAUUGCCUAAAAGCAUCAGGAAUUCCAGAUUCAGUAACAAAUGAUACAAUCAGACUUACGUUUGAGAGUAAGAAAAGAACUGAUGGUGGGCCUGUGACAAGAAUUGAUAGAAUUGAAAAUCAAAUUACUUUGGUCUACUUUGCAUCCUAUAUUGAUACUGCUCGAGUGUGUAGAAGAUUCAAAAAACCUAGUUCUGAAUCAAUUAUUAUUGGUCAACAUCCUGUUGAAGUUGAAUUAUAUUUUCAUUCACUCUCAAAUCUACAUAAAAGUGUUGAAAAAAGUGAAAACGGGAAAAAUCUACGAAAAGGUGGCAAAAAAGAUCCACCCAAGCCCAUCCCAAGACCUCGAAAAAAUGGAACACUGAACUCUUACAUUUACAAACCUGAAUGUCAUGAAAAAGUUUUCUUUUUCAUCCGACAAACUCAGGUUGACAAGAUGAGAAACAUUUUCAAAGAUUUGGCAAAUGUUGAAUUGUAUUAUUCUGUAAAAAAGGGAAAAUCUGUUAAGUUUGUUCCAGAAAAGGAUCCGGGCAUGAACACCCAAGAUGGAUUCGAUGCCAAAUGCAAAACAAGAUUUGGUGAUUUCAUUACCAAGUUUUCAACUUUGACUCAAACAUUUGACAAAGAGAAAUUAAGCAAAGCUAGAUCACUCAAUGUUUGUCCGUAUUUGAGUAAAUCAGAAACUAAGAAUGAUAUCAACAUCAGAUGGCUACUCUAUCAACCAACAGUAACUGUAACAGGAUUAAAAGAUUCUGUUGAUAAAAUAAUGAAUGAAAUUGAAACUUCCAUCAAUUCAACUGUUGCUGAAAUGUCAGUUAAUGAAGAACAAUUCAGAAUUCCUACAAACUGUGGAAUCUUCUCUGAGCUUCAAGUAAAGCUCAACAAAAUGCAAUUAAAACAAGAUGAUAAAAACCACAGUGUGACAUUGCAAGGAACUGAAGCUGAUGUUUCGAAGAUUCAGAUUGAUGCUUUGACUGUAUUAAAUACUGUCGAAAAAAGAAAAUUAUCAGAUGUAGAUGAUAGCAUAGUUAGAUAUUUAUUGGAAUCAUCAUCUCAGUCUAACAUCAUCAUAUCAAAAAUACAAGACAAAUUGAAGAUCGAUAACAUUAAAGCUUCUCUUGAAAUUGAUGAUGACGAGCCUUGUUUGGGAGUUCGGUCAAAUGACGAUUCCCAAAAAGCCAUUCGUAUUAUUAAAGAAAUGAUCGCCACAGAAACAAUUAAAACAGACCAAUCAGGAUCAAGUCUGGUGAAAACUCCUACAUGGAAAGGAUUUCAACAAAAUUCUAAAAAAACCGAAAUAUACAGACUUAAUAAAAAACCAAAUCAAAGUCACAUAUUAGUAUCAGAACUCUCAGAAUUAAGACUUUCGAAAAAGAAAAUGAACUCAUUCCUGGAUGAAAAUUCUAUCAAGUGUAUUUACAUUUCAAUGAAGUACGGAGAAGCAAAAUUUAUUGUGGAAAGAUCUGGAGAAUUUUCUUUUAAGAAAUGUAAACAGAAAUCAAUAAAAUGUAGUUUGACUCCUGAAAAUGGAGGUGGAUUAUGCAUUGAAGGAAAAAGCGAACCUCUUGAAGAUGCACAUGCGGCACUAAGUCUUCUUCAAAAUCGAGUAAUUGAACAGACAACCAAUCUAAAUAUCGCUGGGAUCAAGGAAUAUUAUCAAACUGGAGGCGGGAAAAAGUUUUUAUCAACAACUGGAAAAAUUCACAAUUGUAUCAUUUUAAUGUCUCCAUUCUGUGAGGAAUGGGUUAAAUUCAACCCAGAGGCCAGGCAGCAAGCUCCUGUUCCAAUACCGAGAAGAUGGAGGCCUUCUUCUUCAGCAUUUACAACCGAAUUCAACAAGCAAUCACCUUCUGCUGCUUCUUCAUUGUAUUCCAAUCCACCCACUACCUCAAGCACUUCUCUUCAUCAGAAAAUAAAUUCAUCUUCAGCCAAAUUUGGCUCUGUUGUUGUGUCAGUUUAUCAAGGAGACAUAACAACUCAGAAUUGUGAUGUUAUCGUCAACAGCGUACAUUCAGGCUUUGACCUUACUAAAGGAAUGAUUUCAUCUAAAAUCUUACAAAUGGGCGGCCAACAAAUUCAAACAGAAGCUUCUACUGGAAAAGGGUAUUACGUGAUAACUUCGGGUGGAAACUUACCUUGCGGACGUAUCAUACACUUGGUGGUACCAACUGAUGUCAAAGAUCUUGUGAAGAAACUCGUUGAGAUUUUUGAUGCUGUGGAGAAAUGCCAACUUUCUUCUGUUUGCAUUCCUGCUUUAGGAACAGGAAAGCUCAAAAUGGAUAGCGCAACAGUUAGUUCAGUGAUGCGAGCAUCCAUUGAAAAAUUUGUUCAAUCAAAUCCGAGAUAUCUCCAACAAAUAAACAUUGUGAUUUAUGAUCAAAUUAUGCUGCAAAAUUUUAUCGAUGCAAUUGUAAAUGACAGCACGAAGAAAAAGGGCUCUUUGACAAGAAUGGGCUUAUAUGGAACAUUUUCAGGUUAUUAUACAUCUUCAUCAUCAGCACCAUCAGAAGCCAAAGGUUGGUUUCCUCCUAAGCAGCAACAACAUAAAGAUGAUUUCUUAAAUUUAUACUUUUAUUCAACCAGUGAAACAAAGAUACAGCAGGCUAUUAAGAGUGUCACUGAGGAAACAAACAAGGGAUUAAUGACAAUGCAAUUGGUAGACUAUCGUCAUGGGAACUAUUUGAAAUAAAUGAGGUUGCCAAGAGAAACAAGGUCACUAUUUCAGAUGAGUCAAACAUAUAUGUAAAAAGAUUGUCAGUUGAAGGCUUGACAGUGACGGUUUUCAAAUCUUGUGAUGAAAUUAAAACUGUUCUAAAAGACUUCGUAGCUGCUGAAGCUUUAUCACAGUACGUUACAUGGCAGAGA